AUGUUUGCACAUCGGCAACGCCUGUGCAACAACGGCUGUACAGUUCUUGUGCUGAUCGACUUUUGCAAAUCUUCAUCGGAGGAGGAGGACCUUUCCGAUCGUGACUCUUUGAAUUCGGAUGGUCAUCAUCAAUAUUCGAAUGCUAGAAACAUGCAACAACUGUUGAGAGAUAAAUUCCAAAGACAAAUUCAGGGAUUUCUCAAAUGGUUGAAAUCACGGGAUGCAUUCAUCAAACGUGCCUCAUCUCUGAAAUUCAUGCCGAUUGAAUUUAUGAAAGACAAAACAGCCUUCCUAAGCUCUUCACAUGUUGAUUUUGUAAGCAGAUUAUUGAUCCAUGAUCAAGAGCUUAUUUUGAAUGCUAUAUCGCAACAUGCAAAGGCUGUAUUAUUUGCAUCAUCAGAACUGCGAAACAGUAACGAAUUUUGGAGAAAAGCAAUUCAUCGGAAUGGUUUAGUGCUCUCCUAUGCACCUGAAGAAUUAACCAAUAACAAAGAAUUUGUCACUCUUGCAGUGCAACAGAAUCCACAAGCAUUUAAAUUUGCUUCAAAGAACUUGCAUCAUGACAUGGAUAUGAUUUUAUUUGUUGUCGAGAGAAAAGGAUUUAAAUAUAUCCCCUAUCAUUACAUUACAAAUCGAGAUUUAGUGUUAAAAGCAGUCAAAAUUGAUGGAAGUGCAUUAGAAUUCGCGUAUGAGCAGUUUUUUAACGACUAUGAGAUUGUACUGGCGGCUGUGAAAUCAAAUGGUCUUGCAUUACAGUUUGCAUACAAUGAAAUGAAACAGUUAAAAGCUAUUGUGUUAGAGGCGGUAUCAAACAAUGGACUAGCUCUAGAAUUCGCUUCACCCGAGUUGACAAAAGACGAGCAAGUAGUAUUAACAGCCAUUGAGCAAAAUCCAAUGGCUAUUCAAUAUGCCUCACACGCUCUAAGAUUUAACAGUAAUAUUUGUUUUAAGGCCUUAUACAAACUUUGUGAAAAAUACCCUCACACACUUGGACAUCAACAAAUUUACAAGUACAUUGAACAGUAUUCAUCUGUGCUUGGAGAUGAACUCAACAAGUUACUUAAUCUAAAGAGCAUUCUCACAAAAAUGUUAUUCAGUAAUCUAUUCGUUCUAGAUCAUGCUUCUCCAGAAUUGAAAAACGAUAGACAAUUCGUUCUGUUAGCAUUGCAGGAAAAUGGUAACGCCUUAGGGUAUGCUAGUCACGAAUUGAGAAAUUCCAAAGAAAUUGUAUUGAAAGCUCUCAAGAGAAAUGGAACAGCACUAUGUUUUGCAUCGGAUCAAUUACGUGACAAUGAAGAAGUGGUCUUGAAAGCCAUAAACAAAUGUGGAUCUGCUCUAAAAUUUGCAUCUGAAAGACUCAAGAACGACAGAGAAAUAGUGUUGCAAGCCAUCAAGAGAGACUCAAGAGCCUUAGAAUUUGCAAGUGAAGAAUUAAGAAAUGAUAAGGAAAUUGUGAUGGAAGCUGUUUCUUUGAGUGCUUAUGCGCUUAAAUUUGCCUCUCCAAGAUUGAGACAAGAUCGACAAGUUGUAUUGAAAGCUGUCUCAGUGCGUGGAGGAGCCAUUGAAUUUGCCUCAAAAGAUUUAACAGAUGACAAAGAAGUGGUAAUGACAGCCAUAUCCAAUGACAGCUCUGCACUUGGAUAUGCCUCUAAAAAACUGAGAAAAGAUAAGGAACUUGUUAUGAAGGCAAUUUCUAUGGAUGGAAAUGUCAUUGAGCAUGCCUCAACCGUGUUACAGAAUAAUAAGGAGAUUGCAAUGCAGGCUGUAAAAAGAAAUGGCUCUGCUCUCAAGUACUUACCAUCACACUUCAAAAAUUCGAGUGAUAUUGUGUUAGAAGCUGUUAAAAAUGAUGGAAAUAGUUUACAAUAUGCGUCAUCAAAAUUAACAAAUUCAAGAAUGAUAGUAAUGGAAGCAGUUAAGCAAAAUAGUAAGGCAUAUAUUUAUGCUGGUGACAAAUGUCAGGACGAUAUCGAUAUUGCUUUGCAAGCAAUUCAGAAAGAUGGUAUUAAUUUUAAAAGUUUGCCUUGGUUCGUUCGACAUGAAGAGAAUAUACUCAUGAAAGCUGUCAAAUUCGAUCCCUCAGUUGUAAAAAAAGUGUUCACACCGAGUAGAGAAGUGAUGUUAGAAGCUGUCCAACAACAAGGUUGUUUAUUGUACAAUUCUUUGUAUGUGAGUGAUAGAGAAGUGGUGCUGGCAGCUGUCAGACAAGAUGGAUUUGCUUUGCGAUUUGCUUCUGACGAUUUAAUGAAUGAUCCAGAAUUGGUAGCAGAAGCAUGUCGAGUCAGUGGAUUUGUUUACACUUCACAAAAUAUUGAUUUUGAAAAACUGUAUCGAGCAAGAUUAGAGGAAUGCUAUGAAGGAUGUUUUGUGCCUCCAACCAUUCUAGAGUAG